UCUAACCUUCAAAGAUAUUUCGAAUCCUUGUGGAAAUAACAAAAAAUGUCGACAGAGUCUUUCCACGCCGCCUACGCUGCUGUAGCCCCGUCUGCCAACCCGAUGUCGCCCUCCACUGGAAACCUGCUUCGGAUGUUUCGCUCGUAUCAAAGUAACGCUGUCAUCUUGAAGCACUACAACUACACAGGGAAACUGGAGGGCAGAUACAAGGAGGGGCUCAAACCCGAGGCCAUCGCUUUCCUGCUCGUCUGCGUGCUCAUCGUCAUAGAAAACGCCAUCGUGCUUCUGGCCAUUUGGAAAAACAAGAAGUUCCACGUGCCCAUGUACUACCUCCUGGGCAGCCUGACCCUCUCCGACCUGCUGGCGGGCUUCACGUACAUGGUGAACAUUGUAACAUCCGGCGCCAAGACUUUGAACAUGACUCCGGUGCUUUGGUUCCUCAGAGAAGGCGGGGUUUUCAUCAUGUUGGCGGCGUCCGUCAUCAGUCUGCUCGCCAUCGCCAUAGAGCGCCACGUGACCAUGGUGCGAAUGAAGCCGUAUCAGGGCGACAAACAAGGUCGGAUGUUCGCUCUGAUCGGCGCCAGUUGGGUGUUGUCCAUUUUCCUCGGAGUGCUUCCCGUUCUGGGGUGGAACUGCAUGGGUUUGUUGGACCAAUGCUCCACGGUUCUCCCGCUCUACGCCAAAAGCUACAUCCUGUUCUGCAUCACCGUCUUCAGUGCCAUCCUCAUGUCCAUCGUGGUGCUUUACGUGCGUAUCUUCCGCAUCGUGAAGUGCAACACGCAGCGUCUCGCCUCGGCACCGCAACGAAAAGGCCUCUACCGAAAGUCCCAGAAGUACAUGGCGCUCCUGAAGACCGUCACCAUCGUUCUGGGAGUCUUCAUCAUCUGUUGGCUGCCGCUCUUCGUCCUCCUACUGUUGGACUUCUGCUGCCCGGCGAAAAGCUGCGAUGUGCUCUUCAAGGCGGACUACUUUCUGGGUAUCGCCAUGUUAAACUCCCUGCUGAACCCCAUCAUCUACACGCUGACGAGCAAGGAUAUGAGGCGGGCGAUUCUGAGGCUGCUGUGCCGACCUUGUCUGAUGACGAAGGACGGGCAGUUGAAGAAGAUCGGGAUGCCCUUCCUGGAGUGCAGCACCAGUAAAACAGACGGUGUUUCCCAUAGGCUGGAAGGACUGGAGACCACGGUGUCUUCUGGGAACUGUACGCCCUCCACUAUCAAAGCGAUUUACCCCAGGGUGUCCAAAACAUGACACACGGGACUCUUAGAGAAAGCACUCGGACUAAAACAUGGUCUCUGAAUCUGAGCUGUGCUUCGUGUUCGACUGGGGUUUACAUUUCCUGUUGCACUCUGCCGGAGUUUUUGGUAUUAAAACCUCAUGGACAGAAUAAGCUCGAUGCAACAGAAGUCCAUAUUGGGAGAAAGACAGUUUAUAUGCCUUAAGAGGAGGAGGCAAACUAGCAUUACAUUUAUCUUUAAGACACUAAAAACACGGCCAGUAUUAGUCAGAGCAUCUUCCGUCUAGCCGUUUCCUUUCAUCAGUGUUUGUUUUCCUCUUGAAAAGGAAAUGAAAGGGCAGAUGUUAUGGAUAAAUACAGGGGAUGGUCAUGAUAUCAUCUCACAGCUGAAACAUGAAUUCAUUUGGGUGGUUUGUUGCAAAUGAUCUGGAAAUUCCCCUAUAUUGGUGCAACACAGUGUUGGGAGCUCGCCUUGACAACAGCAUCAAAUCAACACAGAAAAUGGAAAAAUAUGGAGCUUUUUUGGGCAGUUUUACUUGAAAAAUGACAGAAAUUGUUAUUUAUUAAAUUAAGAAAACAGUUUAUCAGUGAAUCCUUUGAACAAAUGUUCCAGAAAAGUAGUAAUCUAAUGUUGGCAGAUGGAGAAAUAAUGGAUUUGGUGGCAAUAUCUUUGGCCGUGAUCUUCAUUUCUUUGUUUCUUUUCCACGACAAAUGAAGACGAAUAGUCAGCAUGUCAUAUCAAUGGAGAUGGAUGUUUCUUUUGGGCCAAUUUUCAAAAAAAUCCAUGAUAUUUGAGCCAGAUUUGGUUGAAAACUGGCCUUAAGAAAAGCAGCAAAUCACAACAACAAAAAUCAUUACCGUCUUUGUCCGUUUUAAUUGAAAAAUGACUGUAAUUAUAAGUUCCAAUUAAUUCAUCAAUGACUCAUUUCAUAGCAUUUAUUUUGGUGGCUUUUCCUUUCCAAUGUUUAAGGAAAUCCCAUAAAAUGUGUCCUACAUAUGGAUUUGAGGACAACAGAACAUUCAUUUUCAUAAGUAAACCACAUUUUCUGUCAGAUUUACUUGAAAAAUGACUGAAAUUAUAAAAAAAAAGAAA